CCGUGUGGAACCGGGACUGAACGCAGCACAUGUCUGGCUGUGCCACAGCUGCUGUGUGACCCCCACAAAGCCCUCCUCACCCUCUCUGAGCUGCUGGACACCGUAGGUGGGGCAAAAUAGACUUGGGGACCCCCCAAGAAUGUAUGAAGACUUGGUUUUGUCCCCUGGCUCUACCAUGCCACUCUGGGGGCUCUGGUGAUCCUCUCAGAACCUCCCUGUAGCCACCUGCGCAGCAGGAGUGUACCACACUUCUGGAUAACGGGGCAGCAGGCUCCCGUGCCCUGGUCCCUGUGGGUUCACACAGGAGUCCAAGGAGGUGGCCCGCUGCAGCAGACUCGGGGAAGACUGACCGUAGUUUUCUGCAGUGUGCUGGGGCGUGCUCGCCUGUCUAUACAGCUGUUUUUCAGGAGCCACCUCCCCAGGGAAGGUGUGGAGCUCCUACUGGACGAGCCAUGAAGAAUCGGUCUGUGGUGCUGGGCCUGGUGGCCAUGGUUCUGGUAUUUGUCAUCAUUGCCCUCUGCUUCUGGCUGCCCUACACAUCUAGGAAGCCCGACCAUGUGUACUCUAGGGCAGCGGUGGCCACAGACGCCAAGCGCUGCUCAGAGAUUGGACGGGACAUACUACAGGAGGGUGGCUCCGUGGUGGAUUCAGCCAUCGCAAGCCUGCUGUGUAUGGGGCUCAUUAAUGCCCACAGUAUGGGCAUUGGGGGUGGCCUGUUCUUCACCAUCUACAACAGCACCACACGGAAAGCUGAAGUUAUCAAUGCCCGUGAGGUGGCUCCCAGGCUGGCCACCACCAACAUGUUCAACAGCUCGAAAGACUCUGAAGAAGGUGGUCUUUCAGUGGCAGUUCCUGGUGAAAUCCGUGGCUACCAGCUGGCACACCAACGGCAUGGGCGACUACCCUGGGCUCGCCUCUUCCAGCCAAGCAUUGAGCUAGCCCGCCAUGGCUUCCCUGUGGGCAAGGGCUUGGGAAUGGCCCUGACCAGUAAACGGGAAAUCAUUGAACAGACACCUGCCUUGUGCGAGGUGUUCUGCCGGCAAGGGAAGGUGCUUCGGGAAGGAGAGAUAGUGACAAUGCCGAGGCUAGCCGAUACGUUGGAGAUUCUGGCCCAGGAAGGUGCCCAGGCCUUCUACAAUGGGAGCCUCACAGCCCAGAUUGUGAAGGACAUCCAAGAGGCUGGAGGCAUCAUGACGGUCGAGGACCUGAAUGACUACCGUGCUGAGCUGAUUGAGAACCCGAUAAGCAUCAGCCUUGGGGACUCAACACUCUAUGUGCCCAGUGCCCCACUCAGUGGGCCAGUGCUGGUUCUCAUCUUGAACAUCCUCAAAGGAUACAAUUUCUCUCCGAAGAGCGUGGCAACCCCUGAAGAGAAGGCACUGACCUACCACCGUAUCGUGGAGGCCUUUCGGUUUGCCUAUGCCAAGAGGACCUUGCUUGGCGACCCAAAGUUUGUCGAUAUGUCUCAGGUGAUUCGCAACAUGAGCUCAGAGUUCUACGCGUCUCAGCUUCGAGCCCAGAUCUCUGAUGGAACCACUCAUUCAACCGAGUACUACGAGCCCGAAUUCUACAUUCCUGACGAUGGCGGCACUGCUCACCUUUCUGUGGUUUCGGAGGAUGGCAGUGCCGUGUCUGCCACCAGCACCAUCAAUCUCUAUUUUGGCUCCAAGAUACUCUCUCGGGUCAGUGGUAUCCUAUUUAAUGAUGAGAUGGAUGACUUCAGCUCACCCCAAUUCAGCAACCAGUUCGGGGUGUCCCCCUCACCAGCCAACUUCAUCAAGCCAGGGAAGCAGCCACUUUCAUCCAUGUGUCCGUCAAUCAUCGUGGAUAAGGACGGCAAGGUGCAGAUGGUGGUGGGCGCCUCAGGAGGCACACAGAUCACUACAUCCACCGCACUGACCAUCAUCAACAACCUGUGGUUUGGCUAUGAUGUGAAGAGAGCUGUAGAGGAGCCCCGGCUGCACAACCAACUUUUGCCCAACACCACAACAACAGAGAAAGACAUUGAUCAGGUGGUGACUGAAGGCCUGAAGACUCGGAACCACUACAUGGAGGUCACGCCCACCUUCAUUGCCGUGGUUCAGGCUGUCGUCCGAACAGCCAAUGGUUGGGCAGCUGCCUCAGACUCCAGGAAGGGCGGGGAGCCAGCUGGCUACUGAGUGCUCAGAAGAGGCAAGACCUACCUGCAAUCCAGAGACGAGAUAGUGAUCAGGAACAAAAGUUGGACUUUGGAAGACCUGCUGCCCCUGAGUGAGACAUCAGCAUAAU